CCUCCUCGGCAGGGUUAGGCGGCUGAGGAGGUCUAAGCGCCACCCCCAGGGGAGCCCUAUAAAGGCUGGAGAGAGGCUGGACUUCUGCGAGACUGAGUUUUCCUGCCCACAGCGCCUCCAGGGUCCCAGUGCAAAGAAUUCUAAUCUGAAAGAGCAGUUUGAACUUGGGGCAUCUGUGAGUCACCAAUCCUGCCUGUGGCCCCACCUCACCACCGCACCCCAGACCACAUUCUAACCAACAAUGGCUUCAGAUGCCAAGAGGGGGUCUCAGCGAGUACUCUUUGGCGAAUGGCUUCUGAGGGAGGUCAGCAGUGGGCGCUACCAGGGGCUGGGCUGGCUGGAUGCCACCCGCACCCGCUUCCGGGUGCCCUGGAAACACCUGUCGAGGAAGGAUACCAGCGAAGAAGAUGCGAGCAUCUUCAAGGCCUGGGCCAUCGCCCGAGGUCGGUGGCAGCCUGACCCCGAGGGCAGUAGUCCCCAGCCCCCAGAGGCCUCAGAGCGAACCCACUGGAAGACCAACUUCCGGUGUGCCCUGAAGAGCACCCAGCUGUUCACGCUGGUGGAUGACAGGUCUUCGGAUGAGCAGGACCCGCACAAGGUGUUCAGGCUCAGCCAGCCCUGGCCCAAGGAGUCAGAAGUCGAUGGGACUGCUGGGGAGGAGCAGCUGAUAGGCAUCAGUCCCUUAGGAUUCGGGGGUGACGGCACAAUGACAAAGCUGCAGGCUGGGCUCCAGGUCCUCUCCCUGGAUGGACAGGCUACUGACGUUUCUGGUCCUGACCUCCUCCAACUGGUCCUGGAGGAGAGUGAGCUGGAGGGCCUGGAAGAGGCCACUGAAUAUAUCCAAGACAUUGAUCCAGAGCUCUGGAGAGAGGCUGAGGGUCCAUACUCGCGGUGGACAGAGACCCUCCCCAGUGAACCCUGGGAGGCUCAAGCAGGGCCCCUGCCAUCUCUCAGAGACCCAGGGGGCCUCAGCCAGGACCAUUCCUGCCUCCCAGGGGAAAAGCCUGCUGUCUGUCUCAGUGAAGCUGACCACCUUCAGGAUGGAGCCUCCCCUGGUCCGGCCCCCCAGCUCCCCCUGAGCAGCUCCCUCCCUACUGGCUUAGACGUGACCAUCCUCUACAAGGGUCAGAUAGUGAGGCAGGUGGCUGUGGUCCAGACCUGCUGCCUAUUUGUGGCCAGCAGCCCUGGCCUGGUGGCAGGGGUCUCCCAGGACCACCAGCUUGUGGCUUUCCCCAGCCCAGCAGCCCUGAAGUUGGCAGACCAGAAGCAGGUGCACUAUACCGAGCAGUUGAUGGAACACAUAGGACCAGGGCUGCAGCUGCAAUUUUGGGACCAGAGCCUCUGGGCCAAGAGAAUGGGCAAAUGUAAAGUGUACUGGGAGCGGAGCAGCCUCCUGUCAUCUGCGGGAACCCCGCCCCUACCCCGCCUGCUCCCUCGGAACGAGGCCAGGCCCAUCUUUGACUUCUCUGUCUUCCGCAAGGAACUGGCCGAGUACAGGGACCAGAGGAGACGCACCUCUCCAGACUACACCAUCUACCUGGGCUUUGGGCAGACGCUCUCCAGGAGGCCCAUGGAGAAGAACCUCAUUCUGGUGAAGGUAGUGCCCCGAAUCUGCCAGCUCUGCCAUGAGGCCGUCCAAAGGCACGAAGGUGUGUCCUCUCUAGACAGCGGUGGCCUCAGCCUGCAGGUCUCCAACAGCCUCAGCCUCUAUGAAGUGCUGGAAAACUUUCUCAUGGAGACAGACUACCCUGCUUAGACCCACUGCCCUCUGGACAAAACAACCCCUCUGCCUGGGGGAAAAAAGCUACAGGGAAAUGGUACAUCCAGGCCCUGUCUGGUCUCCAGGAGCCCCAAAGCAAGCCUGGAGCUGUGGGUCAGUCUUUGGGAUGGCCAGUCCAGCUUCCCUCUCCUUCCUGUUCAAGCACAUGUCUGGCCACCUGACUUCUUGGCCAAAAGUCAUCAGUGGCUUCCUAUUGCCUC